UUCAUCAACCGUGACAGGCAGAAGAUCACCACUUCCUGUGCCAAGGGCAACAGUUUUCUAGACCUGGUCGUCGACCAAAACGUAUAUAUCGAUGGCUUUGGUGCGUGUGAGGGGACCCUGGCCUGUUCCACCUGUCAUGUGAUCCUGGAUCAGAAGGGGUACGACCAGCUGGGGCCCAUCAUUGAUGAGGAGAAUGACAUGCUGGACCUGGCCUUUGGCCUCACUGACAUGUCUCGUCUGGGUUGCCAGGUCUGCCUAUCCAGAGAUCUGGAGUGA